GCUGCGGUCCCAACAUGACCUGGAAGUGAAGAUGAGUAGGAACUCGAGAGUUUUGGGGUGUCACAGUAUUGUCUGGGAAGCAAUGCCUUAACAAAACCUUAAUUCCAGUACUACCUCGUAGGUGCUCGCUUUAAAGGACUUCUUUUAAAUACAUUUAACAUUCUUUCGAAACAGAUUUAUUGACUGCCUCCUGCGUGUUAGUAUAGAAGGGCCAAACACUGUUUUGGAUUAAGAGUUGGGGUGGAUUACUAGCAUUUGGGUGCCCGUAGAGUUCACUCAGCAAAGCCAUCACUUGAGCUUUCUCCGGACUAGCGGCAGGAAAACCCAAAGCGGUCUGAAUUCCUAAACAUUGUUACCUAAUGCACCUGGAUUUAUUGGUAGUGGGAGAGUGGCGAAAGGGUAGGCGCUGAGCGCAUCCGGGAACAUCAGUAGUAGGCAGUUUGGGUGGGUAUCGAGAGGGUGCUACACUUCCCAGCCACCGAGUUUGCGAGUCGCCUCUUCAGGAUUUCCUUGCUGAGUCCAGGGGGCGGGACUCCACUGUAAACCAGCGUCUUAGAACUCCCAGCCGUUGCCACCUCCUGCCCCUAACGCUGCUCCCACUGAGCCCCGCCCUCGACCCCGCCCUCUGCCGUGUAGGCCCCGCCCUCGACCCCGCCUUCCCCUUUCGCGUCCCAGGACGCGUUGCGCGGCCCGGGCCGGAAGUCGGCGAGUUCUCGAGUGUGUGUCUGUCUGUGUCCCCAAGUGGCGCGCGGCCGGAGACAAGCGCUGGGGAUUCCCAUCUGAGGCGUCACUACUGUCACUACCAUCACCCACGGAGCCACUUCUAGAGGGGAGUAGACCUGGCCUUUAGCCGGGCAGAGAAGAUGUUGCCCCUGUCCAUCAAGGACGAUGAAUACAAACCACCCAAGUUCAAUCUGUUCGGCAAGAUCUCAGGCUGGUUUAGGUCUAUCCUGUCGGACAAGACGUCCCGGAACCUGUUUUUCUUCCUGUGCCUGAACCUCUCUUUCGCUUUUGUUGAACUACUCUACGGCAUCUGGAGCAACUGCUUAGGCUUGAUUUCCGACUCUUUUCACAUGUUUUUCGAUAGCACUGCUAUUUUGGCUGGAUUGGCAGCAUCUGUUAUUUCAAAAUGGAGAGAUAAUGAUGCUUUCUCUUAUGGGUAUGUUAGAGCGGAAGUUCUGGCUGGCUUUGUCAAUGGCCUAUUUUUGAUCUUCACUGCUUUUUUUAUUUUCUCAGAAGGAGUUGAGAGAGCAUUAGCCCCUCCAGAUGUACAUCAUGAGAGACUGCUUCUUGUUUCAAUUCUUGGGUUUGUGGUAAACCUAAUAGGAAUAUUUGUUUUCAAGCAUGGAGGUCAUGGACAUUCUCAUGGCUCUGGCCAUGGACAUAGUCAUUCCCUCUUUAAUGGUGCUCUAGAUCAGGUACAUGGACAUGGAGAUCAUUGCCAUAGUCAUGAACUGAAACAUGGUGCUGCACAUAGCCAUGAUCAUGCUCAUGGCCAUGGACACUUUCAUUCUCACGAUGGUCCCUCCUUUAAAGAAACAGCAGGACCCAGCAGACAGAUUUUACAAGGUGUAUUUUUACACAUUCUGGCAGAUACACUUGGGAGUAUUGGUGUAAUUGCCUCUGCCAUCAUGAUGCAAAAUUUUGGUUUAAUGAUAGCAGAUCCUAUUUGUUCAAUCCUGAUAGCCAUGCUAAUAGUUAUAAGUGUUAUUCCUCUUUUAAAAGAGUCUGCUGGGAUAUUAAUGCAGAGAACUCCUCCCUUGUUGGAAAAUACUCUGCCUCAGUGCUAUCAGAGGGUGCAGCAGUUACAAGGAGUUUACAAUUUACAAGAACAGCACUUCUGGACCUUAUGUUCUGACGUUUAUGUUGGGACCUUGAAAUUAGUAGUAGCACCUGAUGCUGAUGCCAGGUGGAUUUUAAGCCAAACACAUAAUAUUUUUACACAGGCUGGAGUGAGACAGCUUUAUGUACAGAUUGACUUUGCAGCCAUGUAAUGAAUGAAAAGAAAUUAUGCUUUUCGGGGGACCUAGUUUUUGGAUUGGUACUGCACAAUCCAAAACAUUGUACCUAACUUUUUAAAAUAGAGAAAUCAUCACUGCACCUUCCCAGCACCAGGUAGACCGGGCAGUCAGCCGUUUGUGCUCUGACACGAGUUCACAGCUAAGGGAUCAGAAUUAAGAGGAUCUCUCCUGGACUUUUGGUCUUGUAUUUUGUGCUCUUCCCUCCAAACCAUUUUGAUUUCUGAGGUUUUUGCUUUUAUUCCAAGAGGUUGUUUUUCUUUUUUUGUCCAUAUUUCAAAUGCCCUUACUCCUAACCAGUAAAAAAAUCAGAUAGUAGGCCUCUGUUUAUCUGGAAUGUCAUCACUGAAGCUGCUGGAAACCACUGCUUUCAUUCCCACAAAACUAGUGUUAUUUAAAAAAAAAAAAAAGAAAUGGGAAUCUGUUUUAUAUGUAAUGUCACAAUUGUUGACGUUCUUCAGUAUAAUCAUAUGUUUGUAAAAUUGUUUGUACCUUGCAAACUUAUGAACCAAACCAUAUUGGGUUUUCAAAGUGCCUUUGUAUCUGAAAAUGUAUUUGCUAGCAUAGAAAUGUACCAUCAAAGGUCAUAUAUGUUUUUUUUAAUGGAUAUUCUGUAAUUUGUACAAAAUAAGAUUCACAUUAAUGUAUACAGAUUGUCUUUUUAUGUACUUCCAGCUUAGGUUUAAGUAUAUGAUAAUUUUCCUUUUAGUGCUUUAUCAUAAAAAAAUUAAAGGUAUCAUUUUGCUUUUUAAAUCAAAUUCAAUUAUCACAUUAAAUUCUUUUGUGGCCUAUGUUUUCAAACCUUUGCAAAUUCAUCUGAUAAAGACAGUUGUUUUGAUUUCCUUGAAAUUCCAAAUUUCUAUAAAAACUACUGUAUCUAAGGUAAACAUAUAACUCUUCUUGCCAUUUAUGGAUUUUAUUAAUGAAAGGAAAAAACAAUGUAGAGUGAAGGCAGACAUGGUUGUGACAAUGUUAUUUUACUUUUUCAUUCUUCAAAAUGCCAAGUCAUCUGGUUUGUUUUCUGGUACAAGCAUUGCACAAAUACAGUUGCUUUCAGGAAUCUUAAAGCAGCAUUUUAUUGAAUUUGAACUAUGAAAGGUAUAGAGAAAAUGUGGUAAUACGGAACUCUUCCUAACCCAGGUAUCUUAGAAGUUAGUAAAUAAGUUUAUUUUUAGGUUCUUCUUUAUUUGAAAAAUAAAAUUGCAUUUUGAGAUGACAGGUGCUUGAACACUGAAAUAUUCUCUGUGUUCUAUGAAAAAAUAGGGAUCUGGAUAGACAUUUUUCCAUUGUACUUCAUUUUAUCACAAUGGAUCUUAUAAUCCCUUUUAACUUUAAAAAAUUGAAAUUGCUAGGGAAAAAAACCUGCAGAAUGGAAAUGUUUAGAUUGUAGAUCAAUAGUCAGUUGUUCACUGAUGUGGAAGAAAUUGCUGUUGAUUUUAUCUAAGUUUUAGAUAAUUUUUCCCCCUAUUUCUAAUCUACAAUUUAUGAACUGUCCUCUAUUAGGAAAACUAGACUACUUUCUUAAUGCUUUUCUAAAUUGUGACAGAUUGCCCUGAAUUGUUCCUAGGACCCUUUUUGCAGAUUAAGUAGUAUUUUCAUGUUUACUUACUGCCAGGCAGUUCUAAAGCUAAGAAUUCUUGCAUUUGAAUGUGCUUAACUGAAACGGUGGUUGAGAGGUUUUUAGGAGGAAAAAUAUAAAAGGAAAUGUCCUGAUAAUGGUACAGGUUUUUUCAUUAUAAAUGUUAAGUAGUCAUUUGGAAAUUUGCAUCCACUAACCAAGCCUGAUAGAAGCCUGGGUUCUGUGUUUUUUGGCAUAUGAUGGAAAAUGGCACAUCUAGAGGAAUGCAGGGAUUUUGGCGUGUGCCUUUAAUAACUAGUUACAUGUAAUUGUACUGAUAUUUCCCAUAUGGGGCUCGUAUUUGCACGGUCUUACAAAAUUUGCCAGUGCAUCUUGAAGAUCCAGUUCUACCCUUCCCUGAACCCUCCAUUCCAAGUGACGUUUUGUCAAAAUGUGUGUCACUUUAUUUCUGAAUACAUUAAGUGCAUGAGUAUGUUUUUUCCUUGAUAAGAUAGAGUAUACAGAGUAUUAGACUGGUAGGUAACCUAAUUUUGCACCUGUUACAAUAGAGUGUAGCUCCUAUCAUUUAGAAGGUUGUCAUUUAUGUUCUAAUUCAGUGUCCUCAACCUACAUGUGCUGCAGUAAAAAAUCAGUGUGAGGAAAAAGCAACCUUUUCUCACUCUGAGUAAUGUGUCUUAUCAGUGUUCUUAGCACAGAGGUAUUGCAAAAGCAGGUAAUUUCAUUGAGAAAUACUACCUGAUUAUUGUCAUAAAAUAAAUGUAAGAUGUCCCUUUUGUUGAGUUAAUUUUUUUGGGAAAAAAUCUCUCUGCUAGUAUUUUGAAAACCAAAAUAUUCCUAGAGAACAAGCUUGUAUUACUCAGGGAAAGUUUACUUUGCAGGUAAACUUACCCAAGCAGAAAUAUACCUGUACUAAUUUUGUGUUUUUAAAUUUAGAGUUUACUGAUCAAGAUGACGGGCAUAACAUAUGUAUGACUUCCUUAUUUUGCCGAUUCCUGUGUCCCUUUGGAAGGGCAGUAUCUAGUUUAUCUGUAGCUCAGUGCUCCUCCCACUGUCAUCCUACCCUGUCUUCUGCAGAGACACAGGAAGCAGGGGCAGAUGAUACUGGCAUUGUGAUUUCCCUUGUAUCCAGAAGGCUUCAGCAUUCUUUAAAUUAAGCUCACACAUAAACACCAGUAACCAAAAUACUGUGACUUUUGUGCACCUUUGUGAAGCAGCCAAAGGUAGUUGAUCAGAGUUCUAUAAUAUUUUUACCAUAUACUAUGGAAUAAUCAAUUUUAUAGUGAUUAUUAAUAUGAUCACAUCCUCUUAUAUAAUGUUGGGAUUCAAGAACAAAAAUAUUUCGUGGCUUAACAUGGAAUUUUAAAUCAAAGGGGAGUGUCCUAAGAAAGAGUCUCAUUCUGCCUCUCAUUUUACAGAAGAGAAAAUUGGAAGCUCAGAAAAACUCUCAUUUACUCAAGGUCACAGAGAUAGUGGUAAAGCCGAGGCUAGAAUCCAGGUCUUCUGACUCCAAGUCUAGAGAGAAUUCUUUCGACCCCGUCGUGCUGCCUGUCCCUCCUUGGAAGAUCUGCCUUUCUGUAAACGUGAUGAAAAGCAUCUGUAAAUAAGGGACAUCUGACCUCCAUUUUUGGUACAUUAAGGCACUUUAUAAAUGGAGUUUUGUUUUAUUUUUCAUAUCUAAUUAUGAGGUUUAGAAUAUUAUUUCCAUAGUAUUCAUUAUGGAAGCUAUAAUUAAUUUUUUUACCCUUUUUUACUUUUUUACUCUUGUGAAACUAGUUCCUGAUUUUUAGAAAGUAACAUCUGUACAUUGGAUACUUAUAACUUGAGAGUGAAGUUUUCUGUUAAUUGCCCUAGGAUAAAUCAAAGUCCUAUUUAAGGAUUGCUUAGUUUCUUGUUUCAUUUAUAUUUUGUGAAUGGGUACUUUUUUAGAAACGAGGCUAAUUCACAGGUUGUAUCAUUUCAGUCUUGUUACUUUAGUUUUCAGUCACUGGAGACCUUUUGAAUUUUUUAUAUUAUUCCAAAAGCCACCCCAAAUUGGGCAUUGAAUGUUACAUAGAGCAAAUCUUUUAAUUCGAUAGGAUGAAAAUUUAAGAAUCUCAGAACAAAACUGCUACUUUCAAUUCUUCAUUAAAAGCAUUCAUUACAUUGUUUUCUGUUGCUGUCUUUGAAACACAUUAUUUUCCAAUUCACAAGAACUUUGGCAAAAAAGGGAAAUUAUUUUAUUCUUUGAAGAACAUUCAUUAGAAGUUUUAUUAAUGAAAGAGGAUUGUUUUAAUGCAAUGAUUCCCUCAGAAGCUUCAGUGAUCCACAUCACCAUAGGAUGGGGAGAUGUAAUACAAUGAAAAUUUAGGUAUCAAAAAAAUAUUUGCAGAAAAAUAUAGUUCUGGAAGACCAAACAGAUGUGAAUCUUUUUGAUAAGGGCACUUUUGGUUUAUGUUUAAGCAUUUCCUAACCACAAAUUAUACACAAAGGGUGGGGUUUAAUUUUUAUUUAGUAUUUGUCAGGUUCUUUGUGUAGCCUUUUUCAUGUUACCACAUUUAAAAUCAUCACAUUUCUAUAAAGAAAGAAUUUGCAUUAUUUUAUGAUGGACAGAGCAUUUUCAAAUAUAUUUUUCUCUUCUGAUUCUCCUAACAUCUUUGGAAGGAAUUCUUAACCCCAUUUUAUGGAUGAGGAAGCUAAAUCCAGUGCUUUUUCUGAAGACUACUCUGUUGUUUUGUUUUGCUUUUUAAUGUCAUUAGAGAUCCAAGAAGUUUUAGCAGAUCUAAACAUUCUCCUGUAAAACCAGUAAACAAUUAUCAUGACAAGAUUGUUAUGGGGGACCGUUGUUAUAUAUACUUUGUUUCUACCCUGCUUGUUCCUUCUUUCACUGCUCUCAUACCGCUUCCUACCUUUGCCAUUGAACGUAAACUGAGCAGGCUAAUGAGCAAUAAAUAGGAGCUCCUGUAAAGCACUUUUAAGACCUUUACAAAAAGUUUUACUGACACAGAGUAAGCUGCUUAAAAGGAACUGAAAAAGGCUUUAAAAAUUUGGUAUUUGUAGUGUUUUGUGUUGUUGGAAGUCUGCAAAAAAGAAGAAUGUCAUUGUCUCAUAAAUGCUAUUAUCCCCAAACUUAGAAUGAAUUUACACUUACAUGCUUAGUACAUAUUUGGUUAACUAGUGAGUAAAUACUGCUGAUAGUAGUGGAUACAAAAGUAAGAAUUGGGGACAGGUAAAGCCAAUAAUUUACUGUUUAUUGCAGGAGACACCUCAGCUUUUCUUUGGCAUUUUUGCACAAGUAAGUGGCUUUAUAUUCACUUUGGCCAUUUUUUUUCAAGUAGCCUGUGAGCUGCUCAUUCAUUUUAAUACAGGAACAGCGGAGGUAUACCAAUGUUAUUCAUUUUGCAUGUUGUUGGACAGGAAUUUGCAGAAUUGGGACUGUGGAACCUGGGUCACUUGAAUUUUCCUAUUUUGUAUUGCCAAAUGAGAAACCACAUUGUCUCCUUUGUUUUUAUGGAGAAUUGCCAUAUUCAUAUUACUUUAAGGACCUGUAUAUGUUUUCUAUUUCACUUAUCCCUAGAUAUAUUAUCAAUCAAAACUCAGAGGUGUAUCUUGAGGGUGCUUCUAUAAAAACAACACUACAUGUAGUCAUUAGUGAUUUAAAUAUUCUUAGGAUAGCUGUUUUCUUUUUCCUCUCUACUAAAUUUUAGCAGAGCUCCUCUGUAUUUCACUUUCUUUCAUCUCUUGUCAUUGCUGGUGCCACCAUAAAACUUACAUUUUUUACUAGUGAAAAAAAGCUUCAUUUUGAAUUUCAGUAUUUGAAUUUUAGGUAUCACGUAUCAUGCAUUAGUUAGCCUCAGUGAAGAUUCUAUUUUGAACUAGAUGCAUUCUGUCAAGAGUUUGCUAGUAAUCCCAAUGCUUCCUCUAAUAGCAAAUUCAGUGCUGUUUCUUCCCAAAUGAUAUUUUGCCCCAACGUUUAUGAGUUUGAUCAGUAAACAAAAUGGAUCUUUUAUAUGGGAAAUACUGUGAAUAAAAAAUUGCCAAAUCCCUACUUAGUAUAUUCUAAACACCAUGACACUUAACUCCCUGUCUUUAAUGGGUUCUAAACAUAUGGCCAAGUUUGAGAUUAGGUUUGAUUUCAUUGGUGAAGAUUAUGGCAUCAAAACAUUUCUAAACAAGUUUGAGUACAUGGCUAGGUUAUAAUGUCAAAUUUCAAAGACUGUGUUGUAAUUUGGUUUGAAUAUGCUAAAGUGAACAGUUAUGAUUUGCCUAAGUAUAGUACAAUAAAUCCAUCAUGUGUAUUUCACUUUUUUCUACUUGAAGACAUUAAUGUAUAUAUUUUGUUUAAUCUCAGAUGUAUUUAAAAAGAAAACAACUGUAUCAGAAUUCUUCCAAUAAAAUUCAAAAAUCUU